AUGCUAAGAACCAUGAGUGGCAAAGUCUCUCGAGACACCCUCUACGAGGUGGUGCGGGAAGUCCUGCACGGGAACCAGCACAAACGCAGAAAGUUUUUGGAGACGGUGGAGCUGCAGAUCAGUGUGAAGAACUAUGACCCUCAGAAGGACAAGCAUUUCUCGGGGACCGUCAGGCUUAAGUCCACCCCAUGCCCCAAGUUCUCAGUGUGUGUUCUUGGGGAUCAGCAGGCCUGUGAUGAAGCCAAAGCUGUGGCUAUCCCCCACAUGGACAUCGAAACACUGAAAAAACUUAACAAGAAUAAGAAACUGGUCAAAAAUCUGGCCAAGAACUGUCAUGCCUUUUUGGCCUCUGAAUCCCUGACCAAGCAGACCCCAAGAAUCCUAGGUCCAGGCCUGAAUAAGGCUGGCAAGUUCCCUUCUCUGUUGACCCACAAUGAGAACAUGGUGGCAAAAGUAGAUGAGGUGAAGUCCACCAUCAAAUUCCAGAUGAAAAAGGUCUUGUGUGUGGCAGUGGCUGUUGGCCGUGUGAAGAUGACAGGUGAUGGACUUGUUUACAGCAUCCACCUGGCUGUCAGCUUCCUGAUUUCACUGCUAAAGAAGAAUUGGCAGAAUGCUCGGGCUUUGUACAUCAAGAGCACCAUAGACAAGCCAGCAUCUGAGCUGCAUCCGUUGGGGCAGAUUCUGGGUCCUCGCCGCCUUCUACACGAAGACCACGCGGGUUUCCUGGAGGCCAGGGUGAAGUAG